CGCGCAUCGGGCCCGAAGGAUGGACGACGAGCUGGAGUUGGAUGAGGUGGUCUGCAAGGGGGUAGUAAAAAUGGGUCGACGAGCUCACCAGGAUUACUUCCAAGAGGAAAAUCAUCUUAGCCAGGCCAGCUCUCCAACUGCAGAGGUAGAUGCAACUAGACUGCGCCCAUCAUCUAAGCCUCAUAUCCGGAAAGGAGUGUGGUCUGGCUUGGUUGGUGUGAAUGCUUCCAAAUCAAAGAAGAAAGCUGCAGAACAAGAUGUUGAAGACCACCGCCUGAGACAGCAGAGCACAGAGGCAGCAGAUGAUGGAGGAGAUAUUCCAGUGAUCCCUGACUUGGAGGAGGUUCAAGAGGAAGACUUUGCCAUGCAGGUGGCAGCCCCACCAAGUGUUCAAGUGAAUAGAGUACUGACCUACCGUGACCUGGACAAUGAUCUUAUGAAGUAUGCCGCUUUUCAGACCUUGGAUGGAGAGAUUGACCUGAAGCUGCUCAGUAAGGUUCUAGCUCCAGAGCAGGAAGUACAAGAAGAUGAUGUCAGCUGGGACUGGAACCAUCUUUACAUAGAAGUUGCUUCUGAGCUUCUAAGUGAGUGGGACUCAGGGCAGCCUGAAAAGGAGGACGGCCUCACACCACACAAGAACCAAAGCCUGUGUUUUGGCUAGUGAUUGUGCAGCCACCAUCUACACAAGCACAACUGUACUUUUGCAAUGCAGUUUUUUAAAAUAUGCACUUUGUAACUAGUCGAGUAGAACUCCUAGCUGUGCAAUCUACAAAGAAGGAAGCAACAAUAUGGAAAUAAAAAAGCUCCACCACUCA